UACCUGCGGAAUUCAACAUCCCAACUCCACCAAAUCCCUCCUUCCACAGGCUCUCAAGUUGCACCAUGAAACGCAUCAUCAUCGCCUUUGACGGAACCGGUCAAUCCGCCAGCCGUGGCGACUGGUCAGUCUCCACCAACGUCAACCGUCUCUGCCAUGCUCUCCUCAAUUCACCCGACCUCCCCGUGCAACAACUCGUCUUCUACGUCUCCGGCGUCGGGACGCAGGACCUCGGCAUGGGCGGUAUCGGGACAGUCGUCCAGGGAGCACUGGGCGAGGGUGUGGAAGAGAACGUUGCGGACGGGUACACGUUCAUCAUGAACAAUUACCUCCCCGGCGACGAGCUGUUCGUGUUCGGGUUCUCGAGGGGCGCGUUCACGGCGAGGGUGUUGGCGAAUAUUGUAGCAAGGUUGGGUGUGUUUUCGAAGCGGUAUUCGUGGGCGUUUAAGGACGCGUUGGUGGAGUAUAAGAAGGGGAAGGAGGCGUUUGAGGCGCAUCUGGCCAAGUUGAGGGGGAGUAUGGAGUUGGAUCAGAAGUAUUGGAAGCCGGCGAAAGGGGCGUAUGUUCCGAGGUUGUACGAGGUGAAGGUGAAGGUUGUGGGAUGCUGGGAUACGGUCGCGAGCUUGGGGAUCCCGUGGAGGCCGACGUCGAAUGCUGGGGGUGUAUCGGGUGAGUAUCAGCAUUUCGAUGGAGGCCUUGUGAAAGGUAUCGAGAAUGCAUUCCAUGCACUCGCUCUCGACGAAUGCAGAGGACCCUUCACCCCCACGAUGUGGCACCUCCCCACCGAUGAAGACGCCGCAAAAACAAUCACCCUGAAACAAACCUGGUUCCCCGGUGUACACACCAACAUCGGCGGCGGCUACCCCGACCAAGCCCUAGCCGACCUAACCCUCUCCUGGAUGAUCGACCUCUGCCUCCCCUACCUCUCCUUCGACCUAGCCUACAUCACCUCCGAACUCGAUCUCUCACACCACCCGUGGAAAAUCAAGUCGAAGAACCGGAUGGAGCACAAGGAUGGGGCGCCGGAUAGGGAUUGGAAGGGAUGGGGGUGUGGGAAGUGGUAUGAUUCGUAUAAGAAGGGGCAGACUUGGAGUUGGAAGUAUAGGACGCCUGGGGCGUACGUUAGUGAGACGGAGGGAGAGAAGGGGAGGACGAACGAGACGAUACAUGCGUGUGUGAAGGCGAGGUGGGACGCGUUGAAGCCUAGUUGGAGGCCAAAAGCUUUGGAGGGUUUCGAGCCUAGAGAUGAGGGUGGAGUGGUAGAGUGGGUGAAGAAAGAUAGGAGGGGGAAGGAGGUGUUGGUCAUCGAGGAAGAGGCCUUCCAGAAGCAAGAGCCCGUGAAGCCUGAUUUCAGCGCUGAAUGGAUGUUGCGGUAUGCUCCUGUUACCCCGGCGCCAUCAGCACAGGCAUCGAAGUAAUUUUGACCUUGUUAGUGCGAUGCGUUGUACUACUAUACGCUCGUUCGUUCGUUAGCUGUCUCUGAUGUAACAUAAUAAUAUUGAAAUGGGAG